GCAUACAUGGAAUAAUAUUUCGUGCUGUAAAUAUAAUAUACGUUUUAACGCUAAAUAAAUAUCGUAAACAUGCAUAAAUUGGUGAUUGGUAUAUAAUCUCCAAUUUUAUUAGGGUAAAAGUCAAUUUGAAUUAUGUUACGCUUACAUCUCUUGGUCGCUGUAAGCGUCCGUAGUUAUGUUGCACGAGAUAAGAAACAUGCGCACUGAUCAAAGUGUAUUCCAGUCGUAGUUAGUGCGUGGCUUUAAAUUUUAUUGAAACAAUUUGGAACUUAGAACUAUUAUUGAAAAUGAGCCGAAGCUACAAUGACGAGUUGCAAUAUCUUGAUAAAAUCAGUAAAAACUGCUGGCGCAUCAAAAAAGGGUUUGUCCCGAACAUGCAGGUGGAAGGGGUUUUCUAUGUGAACGACCCGCUGGAGAAGCUGAUGUUUGAGGAGCUCAGGAACGCCUGUCGAGGGGGAGGUUUUGGUGGCUUUCUUCCUGCUAUGAAACAGAUUGGCAAUGUGGCUGCAUUACCUGGAAUUGUUCAUAGGUCCAUUGGUCUGCCGGAUGUGCACUCUGGUUAUGGGUUUGCCAUUGGAAACGUGGCUGCCUUUGACAUGGACAACCCUGAUGCUGUGGUCUCACCAGGUGGGGUGGGGUUCGAUAUUAACUGUGGAGUCUGACUGCUGCGCACAAACCUGGACGAAGGCGAUGUCCAGCCGGUCAAGGAACAGCUCGCUCAGUCCAUGUUUGACCAUAUUCCAGUGGGAGUGGGAUCCAAGGGCGUCAUCCCCAUGGGCGUCAAGGAUCUGGAGGAAGCUCUGGAGAUGGGGGUGGACUGGUCCCUGCGGGAGGGCUAUGCCUGGGCGGAGGAUAAGGAGCACUGCGAGGAGUACGGCCGGAUGCUGCAGGCCGAUCCCAGCAAGGUCUCCUCCAAGGCCAAGAAGAGGGGGCUCCCGCAGCUGGGAACCCUUGGCGCUGGGAAUCACUAUGCUGAAAUCCAGGUGGUGGAUGAGAUUUACAACGACUACGCUGCCAAGAAGAUGGGCAUCGAUCACAAGGGCCAGGUGUGCGUCAUGAUCCACAGCGGCAGCAGGGGGCUUGGGCACCAGGUGGCCACAGACGCCCUGGUUGCGAUGGAGAAGGCGAUGAAGAGAGACAAGAUCAUAGUGAACGACCGGCAGCUGGCCUGUGCGCGGAUUACCUCCCAGGAGGGGCAGGACUACCUGAAGGGCAUGGCUGCAGCCGGGAACUACGCCUGGGUCAACCGCACCUCCAUGACCUUCCUAACCAGACAGGCCUUCGCCAAAGUGUUCACCACGACCCCUGAUGACCUGGACAUGCACGUGAUCUACGACGUGUCCCACAACAUCGCCAAGGUGGAGGAGCACGUGGUCGACGGGAAGCAGCGAACUCUGUUGAUCCACAGGAAGGGGUCCACGAGGGCCUUCCCCCCCCACCACCCUCUCAUCGCCGUCGACUACCAGCUGACCGGGCAGCCUGUCCUGAUUGGAGGCACCAUGGGGACGUGCAGCUACGUUCUGACCGGUACCGAGCAGGGCAUGACCGAGACCUUUGGAACCACCUGCCACGGAGCUGGUCGAGCGAUGUCCCGUUCGAAAUCGCGACGCAACCUCGAUUUCCAGGAUGUUUUGGACAGCCUUGCAGACAAGGGUAUUGCGAUCCGUGUCGCAUCCCCCAAACUUGUCAUGGAAGAGGCUCCAGAAUCCUACAAAAAUGUAACGGAUGUUGUGAACACUUGCCAUGACGCAGGGAUCAGCAAAAAAGCAAUCAAACUGCGGCCUAUUGCAGUCAUCAAGGGUUAAGGGUAACUGCAGGCGGCAUGUCACCAGGGGCCUUUUGGAACAGCACCUGAGAAGACUUUCUGGUUCUAAACGCUUCAUUCUGGAAGUUACUCAGAGCUUGUGUGGACCUGAUGAAUUGAAUCCAGCUACAGCACAAAGUUGAGUUUUGCUAUAUUCAAAACAGCCUCGACCAGCAUUGACGACUUUAAAAAUGCCUGAAAAUUGUUAACGCUGAAGGAAAGUAAAUUUGAUUCAACUGUUUUUUUGGGUUGCUAGGAAUGGGUGUAAGUGCUAUGCAAUAGGAGUAUUAUUUCCAUCCUUGUGUGUGUGUGUGUGUCUGGGUUUCUAUCUCUCUCUCUCCCUUCCCCUCUCUUUUCUUUCUCUCUCUCAACUUAUGAGCUCAUCUAAGGAAUGUGCAGCAGAGUUUGGGGGUUGUAGAAUGUAUCUGUUGUGGGCUGGGGUGGGGUUUGUGGGUUUAUGUAUUGUUAUAAUGUUAAACUCACAGUUGGAAAAACAGGAGAGGUGCCAACUGUCCAGAGGUAAUAGCCAAGUAUUUUACUUUCUUUUACUCUGCAUCAGGGAUAAUUCAUAAACAAGAAGUAGUGAAUUUCUCUGUAUAAUUUUACCUGUAUGUCAAUAAUAAAACCGGAUUCUUGUGAUUUGAAAUUGUAA